AUGCCCGUGGUUUCGCGCACCCAGCGCGCAGAGGCCAAGUACAACGUGACUUUGGACUUCCCCCAUCUCGGCCUCCACUCUGCCGCCUCUUCUGGGAACCUUGGCCUCGUCACCUACGCCCUCGAUCACGGUCAACCCGUCAACUCUGUCCUCGAUGGUGUCCUCCCCCUCCACGUCGCGUGCUCUGGAGGGAACGAUCUCGUGGUCCGUUUGCUCAUCAAUCGAGGCGCGGAUGUAAAUGCGCCCAGAGAUGCCUCCGCCCCCAUCGUGGGUACCUCUGGCGCGACUCCCCUCCACUUUGCCGCCGCGAACGGCCAUGAGCACGUAGUCUUGACGCUCCUCCUCCAUGGCGCCCACCCCGACCGCCCCGACAAGCACGGGGUGACCGCCGAGGGCCUCGCGCGCCAGAACGGCUACGCACGAUGCGCCGAACUCCUCUCCAAGUGGUCCCAUGAGAAGGACAAGGACCUCCGCGAGCGCGAGGUGCUCCACGUGCCGUCCCCAGAUCCCGAACCGAGCUCGCGCCUGGACAACAUCGAGUGCAAGGUGCACGAGAAGAAGCUCAAGGUGAAGCGCUCCAUAGACAACGCCUUCCACAUGCUCCGACCCGCGCCCACGCCUCCCUCUGGCGGCACCAUCCCGCAGGAGUUCGCGGGUGAUGUGGGCUCAUCAGAUUCUUCACCCGCCACCUCCACCGCGCAGGAGUUCCCGCCACGACGACCUUCCCUCCCGCACAUAUUCGACUCUCCGUCCCAGUCCACUUCCCAAUAUCCCACCCAAAGCUCCAAUCAUCCCCCACACCGGUCAUCGAGACAAGCGUCUGUCUCUCACUGCCGCCGACCGCGCUCAGCUGGCACCGAUGCGGACCAGUCGGGAUCGCCGGCUGUGUCUACCGUGUCCACGCCUGGUCGGCUGCGCGGCAAGCUCUCACUUCUACAUAUGUUCAAGAAGGCUGCGGGCGAGUCGUCGUCGUCGACCCCGGGCGCCCCGCCAACCCCUGAAGGGAAAGAGAGCUUGUCCGGCUAUGCGUCCAGCAGCUCUCCGAUGACGUCGGCGUCGGCAUCACCUGCCCCUGACCGCGAACGCGAGCGCAGCAGGGGCUCGUCCUCGUCCCACUCCCCGCUCAAGACCCGCGCGUCUGAGUCGGGCCUCCUCCCGUCGGCCGCUUCGUCGCCGUUCCCGCCCGUGUUGUCCACCGUACCGAGCUCGCGCAGUCGUCUCCGGAGCGAGAGCGAGGCGUCGGUUGACGCGAGUUAUCCCCCACUCGCGGUCGAACUCCACCGCAAGCUGUCGGCCGAACGCAUGCGCGGCCGCUCCUCGAGCACCUCGCUCGACACGAAUAAACCUCUGCCGUCGCCCCAGAAUGCAGCGCACAGGAGCCCGCAGGUCCGUCCCGGUAUCCUCCGGCCCCACGCCCGGUCCGCGUCGUCCGGUCAGACCCAGUUCCAGCCACCGAUUGGCCUUGGAUUGCGGUCCGCGUUGGGUCUCGAGACGUCGGAUAGGGGCUCAUCAGGCAGGGAUAGCCCCUCAAUUUCCCACCAACGCUCACGAACCGCGGACCUCAAGAAUGAAGAGUCCGAUUACUCUCAAAAUCGACACGCCACGGUCCUGGACGAUGAGGAUGCGGAUGAGGCGGACGACGACUUUGAGCCCGACGGCUACGGCGAGGUUAUUUCUCCCCGCCUCGGCCUCGGCAUACCCCUCGCUCCAGAAAGCAAGACGCGUCUACACGAGCUCAAGUCAGAGGCGCGCACUCUUGAGCGUCGACCGUCGAAUGGUUCUCAACGCUCACGCGCGUCCUCGAAUGGCUCCCUCCCUUCGCCCACCACCGCCAACGAUCCCGCCGGAUACGAAUUUGACUGCCCGUUCAGUAUCAACCGCCCGCCGCCAGAACCUCUCCCCGUUGAGCAAUCGGUUGCGUCCACGAGCGACUCGCGCUUGCAACCAUCACACGGGAUCGACAACCGCGUCCGCGGUGACAGCUUCGGGAGCAUCAGCACCAGCACGGAGGCAAGCAUGCCCGAGACGCCAGGUCCAGGGCCCAGCUUCAGCCCACACUUCCUCUCACCCGACUCCCUCCCCCUCGACCUUCCGCUUGACGCCACGUCCGUGGAGGACGAGAAGGCGCGCGAGCGCGACCACCUCCGCCAGCGCACCAACUCCUCCGUCUCGGGCGGGAGCGCGAACUACUUCGGGGAGCGCGAGCGCAGCCCCGCGCGCACGCUCAGCCCCUCGCGCGCUGCGCGGCACGUCCCGCCCCCGCUCGACAUCGACAUCCGCGCGAUCUCGAGCCACGCGCAGGCCGAGGCGCUCGUCGCUCGCGCGCAGAAGAGCAUCAUGGACAUGAGUGGCGUUGAGCUUGACGUGCCCGCGGCCCGGCCCAGCUCUACGUCGACCAUCGGGGCGGACGGGGCGCUCACCCCGGCGCCGAGCAGCGGCGCGCUGCCAUCUGGACGGACGCCGCUCAGCGCGCGGCUCGCCGCGUACGGGGAGGUGCUCGCGCUCGAACGUCGAUUCAAGGAGAAGGAGCGGCAGGGCACCGGGGCGUCGGCAGAGCUUGAGACGCCCGUUGGGAGUCCGACCACGCCAAGCCAGGCGCGGACGCGGGCGGAUCCGCUCAGGCCGCGUGCGAGCGAGUUCGACGUUCGCAAGUUUAGCCUCGAGGAGCGGCCGAUGAUCAGCGCCGUGCCUGCGUCGAAGCGGGGCAAGGGGAAGCGCCACACACCGCAGACGGUCAGCGACUCUUCUAGUGAAGCGCAGUCCGGCUUCCUCAGGCAGCCCGUCUCGCCCGGCCACAAGCCCACGCUCUCCGGCAGCCAGCUGCUUUCUCCUCGCGGACAGUUCACCGCUUCUCGCGCCCCUCUCUCCACCAAAACCCUCCCGCAGCCGCCGCCACCGCGCAUCGUCCGCUCGCGCACGCCCGACCCCGAGGGGUGCGACCUGUCGUCCUCCCGCCUCGCUCGACCACGACUCGAGCGGAAGGCCGUCGUUCGGAGUCCCGCUCUCGCGCAUCGCCACGGCGCCGCCGCGGCACGCGUCGCCGGACAUCGUCGCGCAGCGGACGCUGAGCGAGCAGGAUCGCCAGCGCGCGCGCGAGAAAAAGCUGAUGAAGAUGGGCCUGCUCUCGCACGACUCGUUGGCGCCGUGGGCGCGGGCCCGCCGCGCUCGAAUGGCGGCGCCGCCACCCCGUUCUCGCGCAACGGGGGCGGGGCCCCGAGCGGCCGGCGGUUUGGUGGGAUCAAGGGCCUCGUGCAGACGCUGACGGGGAAGGCGACAGCAGUAUGCGUCCCGCGGCAGCAAAGCGCUCGCCUCCUCCAAGAGCAUCUCCUCUCUCGCUACUCGUGCCACGCCGAGCUCGCAGCGACCAUCCGCGACUGGGCAAACACGCACGACCACGCGCUGACGCUCAUGGCCAACGCCGUCGCCCACCGCGCCCCACACGACCACACCCUCUCGCUCUUCAACCCCGCGCAGGCCGGCACCGUGCUCACCGCCGAAGACUUUGUCCGCUCGAACGCGUACCUCUGCAUCAAGCUCCUCGACCGCCGCGGCGCGCGCGCCGCGAGCGCGCCGCCGUCGCGGUUCCAGCUGCGCGCGCACGCGGUGCUCUGCCACGGCGCCGGGGGCGCCGCCCCCCCACCUCGGAUGGCAGCACCCCGUCCUGCGGAACGAGCACGCGUUCAAGGACCGUGGGCGCACGCGGCGCCGCUCGGCUUCCUCCCCGUCGAGUUCUUCGUCGAGCGCCUCCGCGCGACCGUCGUGCGCGCGUACCCGGUCUACCGCCCCCGCGUCGGGGACGCGCUGGCGGCGGCGGAGGUGGACGUGCUGGCGGACUUGCUCCACACGUUCACGAUGCUCUUGGCGGACGGGGUGGGGCCGCCGCUGGUCGCGCGCCCGCCGCGGGGGGAGGGGCGGCGCCCGCGGCUCGUCGGUGGGGCGGUGGUGCGGGCGGGGAAGAGGUGGAUAUACAGGGAGCGGCCGGACUUUGACUGGGAGCGGAUGCGCAGGCCGGAGUGGCAGGCGCGGUACAAGACCUCGCUGAGGAUCGACGAGAUGCUGGAACGGACGUGGGAGAUGCUGGAGAUGCCGCGGUCUUGA